AUGCUAAGACCGACCCUCCUCUCCGCUAUCCGACUCAAUGCCUUCCCAAGUACCUCCAAACGCGCCUUCUCCCUCCUAAAUCCCACGUCGCGCUCGCACACGAACCGCAUCUUCGACCCCAUCCGCCAACCCAACGACCUGCACACACUCACGCUCCUCAACGCCUCCGACAACCGCUCUCUAAUAACUUUCUGGACCGCGACCUGGUGUCAAACUUGCCAAGCCAUCAAGCCGCUCAUCCGCCAGCUCAUCGAAGAAGAAAAAAUUGGCGAACGGGAAGGCGGACUGGGCUUUGUGGAAGUGUUGAUGGACAGCACGUUGAUUGAGGAUUUGCCUAUAAAAUACCGCAUCAGUAGUAUGCCGACGCUAUUGGCGUUUUCAAGACAGGAGGCGCAGUUUGAUACGAGGUUGACGCGACCCGAGGAGAUGCGGAAUAAGGACUUUUUGAGGGAGUGGUUGGUUAGGGAGGCGCAGAGGGGAGGGAGGAUGGGCGGUGGUGGGGGCAGUAUGUUCGGUUAG